GCAAAUAACACAGCCGUACGUCACAUCCUGAACUUCAGCGCCAUUUUUUCCGUCACGGCGAAGAAAGGGGACAAAAAGCCGUGCAAAAAAUUGCCAAUGUCCUUGUCCUCGGCUCACUAACGAGUAACGACGUGUUUUAAAACCCCGAAGCGGCCGCACAGACGCACGGGAUGCGGUUCCGCUGAGUGCGACGGCGGAAGAAGACGGAGAGAACUCUGCGGGCGGGCGAGUGUUGUCGCUGGGGGACGAGUGGAGGAAGUGUGGUGAACGCAGUGCGAGCAUAGCCGAACCCUACCUCGGAGCCCGGAGCAGGACGUGAGCAACAAUGUAUCAGCUCCCGGUGAACAACUUGGAGAAGGUCCGCAAGGCGCGCAAGGCGGUGAAGAACGUGUUGAGUGAAAUCGGCCUGGAGGACUGCCAGAAAUUUCUCGAGGAGCUGGAUGGUCAAAAGAUUGAGGAAGACUCAGAGGAAGAGGAUCCUUUGCUGGGGACUGAGUGGACCGACUUCACUGACGGAUACAACGGCCGACUACGUAAGAAGUGGCCUUACCGCUCACGCACCAUGUGCUGCAUCAUGUGCAAGUACUCGUCCAAGAACAUCUACCACUACCGCAAUCAUGUGGCGCGCUGCCACGAGUACCUACAGCGCCUAUGCUCACUCGCCUCCUGCCAACGGUGCAUUUUCGUGGCCCACCCGCGCGCCGUCAAGAAGCACAUCCUGCUCUUCCACAGUGGGCGUGCAAGCGAUUCGGCGGCGGUGGCGGCGGCACCGUCUGGCGUGGCGACCACGACGACGACCACGACCACGACGGCGGUGGCGGGUGGCGCGAUUCACCGAGCCGUUGAGCGCUACAAGUGCAGGAAGUGCUCCUACCUGUCACAGUCUGUCUUCGCCAUCAAGAAGCAUAUCAUCCUCAAGCACAUGGAGGGUGUGGCUGAAAAAUACAUUGGGUACCGGCAUCCCAUAGCGGGUUCCAACGCCAAGCUUUACUGCUGUAAAGCGUGCACCGUCAACACAGGCAACCUGGACCAGAUGCUGCACCACUUGCUGGUGGACCCCAAGCACUACAGCAUCAGCACGCAGGUGCAGGCGAUGAUCUACGACAACAAGGCGGGUCCCGCUGCUGUCCCCCGGGCCAUCUCCACAGCUAACGGCAACGGUCUCUAUGUCACGUUACCCAACCUGGCGCCCAAGCCCAUGAACAGCAAGCCCUUUGCGGUGCCCAGCAACGGGCAGGCCGGCAGCGGCACCGUGGUGGCCUUACAGCAGCUCCAAGGGGCGUCCAACAGCGCCACCCUGAUCUGCGCUCCUGGGAGCAACCAGGCUUUCCUGCCCCCGCAGGCGUCGGCAUUGGUGCAACUGGCGAGCGCCGAGGCCAAGGGUUUACUCCAGCCCGGUGCCACCAUCUCCCUCCGGGGAUCCUCGGUUGUGCAAUAUCCUAGCGUGAAGCCGCCCGCCCCGGCGGUAGUGGCCUCGCCUCAAGCGCAACAGGUCCUGGUCCCGGCAGCUAAACCCGCCGCGGCGCAGGUGCCGGCGGCCAACCAGGUGACUCUCCAAGGCACCAUGCUAACCUCCCAGUCGCUGCUGAGUCACCUCAUCCCCACCGGCAACCGCGUCAACGGCAUGCCCACGUACACCUUCGCGCCGCUCCAGGUGGCGGUGCCCGUCACGCAGAGUUCCACCAAGCCGGCGGAGCAGACCAGCAACCAGGCCAAGAAGUGGAUCACCUGCCCUCUCUGCAACGAACUCUUCCCUAGCAACGUCUUCGACAUGCACAUCGAGGUCGCCCACCAGACCAAGUUGGCCGCAGCCCGCGCGGAGAGCCUGGCGAGCCGAGCGGCAUUCCUCAAGAAGAUGCCCGACAAGACCAUCAAGUGUCUGACGUGCAAGGUGCUGCUGUCUGAAAGGAGCGUCCUGCAGCACCUGCUCCACGGCCUCAGCUGUCUCUACUGCUCCACCUUAUUCUUCUCAGUCAAGCAGCUGGCCGAGCACGUCAAGAAGCACAACCCCACCGGCAAGCUUUACUGCGACUUCCUCCGCCAGAACUACAAGAUCUACACGAAGAGCAACGCCGGCCUCCUGAUACCGUACUUUGACGUCACCACCGAGGCGCCGCGGGAAAUCCUCGGGGAGUGCGAAGUCGACCUGGCUCUGGUCACCAGCUCUCUGGAGCUCAUCUACGUCAAGCUGCUGCCGAGCAGUCGGUCCGAAGUCUGCGCGGCGCCCGUCAAAGUCAAUGCCUCCUGCUGCCCCUUCUGCAAUGAGAAGUUCCAGGCGGAGUCCAAAUACCUGCAGCACCUGAAGCAGAAACAUUUGGUGGCUCCCACCAUCCACGCCAUCCUCAAGACCGACGCCUUCAAAUGCAUCUACUGCAACGGGGUCUACACGGGCAAGGUGACCCAGCAGGCCGUCAUGCUGCACAUCCAACGAUGCCGCUGUUCCCCGAAGCCACCGCAGGUUCCCAAAAUCACAGCCCCGCCGCCUCAACUGGUGGCCAAAGCCCCUCAGGCGCCCCGCCAGCCCUCGGGCCUCUACUUCCUCCAGGUGCCCCAAACCGUGACGGUGAAACCGCUGCAACCGAAGCCGCCGCCGCCGCAGAACAAAGAUCAGCUGGAAUCCACCAAGAGGCUGGAGGCCGCCUUGAAGCAAGUCAUCGAGAUCAACAAGCGGGAGCGCGAGCAGAGAGCGUCGGUGCGGCGGAAGGACCCGCCGGAACCCGAAAUGCCGCAAGCGGACCCCAAAGUCAAGCUGGCGCUGGAGCCGCUGCCGCAGGACCGCCGCGGGUACGAGGAGCGGCGCGACUUCAUCGCCCGCUACUUCAACCUCCGGCCGUACCUUAACCGCAUCGAGACGGAAGAGCUGUGCCGCCGCCUGUCGCUCAGCAAGUCGGAGCUGGUGGCGCUCUUCAGCAAGAAGCGCACCCGCUGCAUGAAGAGCUUCAGCGGAAGCACUGCCGCCGUGCUCUUGGGCUUCGACAUGGCCCGACUGGCGCAGCUGCAGCACCCGCUCCACAUUCCCGAGCAGAGGGUCGUCGAGACGAGGGAGAUUCAGUCGGACGAGCUGCCGGAGUUAACGGAGGACGCCACGACGCGGCCGGCCUAUGCCGCCGAGGCGGCGCUUGAACCGGAACCGAUGGAUGAAAGCGAGAUUGACAAAACAGCUGCUGAGGUGCCUAUGGAGCAAAAUAAUUGACAUGAGAAGGAUACUUGGAAAGCCCCAGACAUGACAUGUCAGAAUUUCCAAACUCUCCCGUGAGUAGCAAAAAAUAAAUAAAUCCAGGAGUAACCUAACAUCGUACACUGUGUAAUGGUUGAUGGUUUGCCUAUACGGGUCCUUCUCAAAAAAAUUACAGAAAAUAAUUAACUUUAUCACAAUACGCAAAUUUUUUGAAAAGGACCCACAGAUGUCACAAAAUAGUCGCAAAGCAUUACUUUUCAAUUGCACGGGACCUUGCCGCAAUCUUGUGACAUCUUGGUGCACAUCAUUCACAGCACAAAGACAGAAAAGCCACGUUUUUAAAACCAAUAACGGAGGACAGGUUACAAAAUAUUCUAGUAAUCUUUCUAAUUUAUAUUCACAUUUCCCUACUUUGUGGCCACAAAUGAGCGCUUUGUGCGCACAUUUUAUCUUCUAGGGGCCACCAAAUAAUUUGUCGUGUCUCUGGUCCAGUGAACUUCCCCCUCCGAAACCUUAAAUUGUGACAAUUGAAAAGCAAAUUAUGCCCCCCCCCAAAAAAAAACACUGUACUGUAAAUACCUAUAAGUAGUAGCAAAACCCUAUUUCAGUUUAAACUGAUGGCAUACAAUCAUUUUUUAAGGGAGCAGAAAAAACAGCAUUUUUUUUCAGCAACUGAUGGAUAGGUUUAAAAAACAUCCCACUAAAAUUCGGGGGUUCACUGUCAUUUUAAUUGUAACAGGGUAACGGCGACAUGACGCCGUCGCGUGGUUGUAGUACUCUUGUUGUCCACUAGAUGUUGCCAUUUCUUCUCAUGGUGAGGUGACUGAAAAGCACGUCUUGACUUAUCCACCCCCUCCACUCGUUCUGCUUUCCACGCCCACCUUUUGUUACAUAAAUGUACAGAAUUUUAUUUUUCGCUUGUAUGCUAGCACAUAACUGAGUUACUCACCCCCCCCCCCUUUGAGUUGUUGCAAUUUAUUUUUCCACGGGCUUCCGGACCUAAUUUCCCUUCUGUAUAUUUAAUAUUUUUUUAAAAGGUGUUGAAAAUGUGUGAUAGUGUACAGCUGACGACUUCAUAAAAAUAAACUUACGUUUAGUUUGGUUCGCAACGUACUUCCGCAUUUACACACUCCAGUGUAUCACGGUAUGCUUAUCUUCUGUUCUCUACUCCUGACAGCAUUUUUUUUUUUAAUUUGGUGGGCGGGGGGCAUUUCCCAAAGUAAAACCUCAACCCCUCCUUCUCUUCUCUCCUCAGUCUUUCCGCAACGGUGUUGUACCAAAAUAAAAGUGCUUUCAUAUCCUG